UCUCUUCCAUACAACUAAGUAUACAUUGAAGUCAAAAUACUUCAUUGCAGAUAACGAAUGUGAUAUCAAAUAAGCAAAUCAUCGAAAAAUGCGUACAUUACUUUGACAAAUUUUAUCAAACUAUUACAUAAUUAUUAGCUUAUCUUCAUUGAAAAUAUUCAUUUAUAGUGACGUUACGUACUUAUGACGUAAUAAUUAACCAUUUCAGUCUAGUCAAUGUAAAAGAAUAUAGAUAGCGUUUCUUUUAGAUUUUGCUUAGUGCCACUUUGAACAUCGCCUUUGAAUAUAUCGUUUGGAUAUUUGAUUUACAGAUUUUAUAUAUCAUAAUUGUAUAAUAUCUUAUACAAAAUCUAUUUUUUCAUUGUUUACUAGUGAGACGUAACAUGUGAAGAUACACAUGGGCAUCAGAAAGUUCCGGUAAAUAAGUUCGCAAUCUUGAUUUUUGACUUAAUAAUUAAUACAAAUAAAUUGUUUGUUCAAUUCGUGAAUCCAUAUUGUUACAUAAACAAUAAUAUUUAUUCAUUUUUGUUUUCAUUUUUAUCAACAUCUGCAAUGUGUGUACGUUGCGUAUUUACAUCGGUAAUUCUGUUCUAUUGAAACAUUAUUUACGCGCAAAUUUUUAAAAUCGAUUUUAACAAAAUAUUUUGCACUUACAUAUACGAAAUAUACACGUUAAAUUUGUAUAUAAAAUUUAAUGAUUUUAUUUUUAUCAAUUGAACAAUGGGUUUGAUCGAAUCACAUUAAUAUAUAGAAUAUUACUUUGUUACUGCAAUAGAAAGGUCACACUAUAUAAAAAAUUACAUUUCUAUCGUUGCGAGUUAUCAUUUCUCCUUCAAUAAGAAAAAGUAUAAGUGAAAAGUCUUGUGCAUCGUACAUUUUCCUUGUGAAUUAUUUAGCAAAUCCAUAUGUUUAUAAUUAAGCUAUACCAGUAAGUGAUCAAUGGAACAUCGGACUUCGCGCUCGCGCUGUCGCACUUCUGACGUCCAUCCAUAAUCGCCUUUUUGCUUCGAAUGUUUGUAAUUACAUCAGUAAAAAAUAGCCUAAUUCACGAAGUACAUCAAUUUCGGAAGUUUUUAUAAUGAAUUUAUUGUCCGCUUGCUCAUUCAUUAUGUUUUCUAAUAUCUUUCUCUUAGUGUGACUAAUCUUCGUAAUACACAAGUAUUGACUGGGUAUACUGUUGUGUCGAUACCAGAUCCAUAAUGAGCUCUCAACCGAUUGUGGUGCCUGGUGGUGAACAUCGAUCUCAAUCAGAAACAUAUUCUGUGUCUGUUGGAAGUACUUCUGAUUCUUUCAAAACUAUGACACCGCCAAAUGUUAGCAGAUCACUUAGCAAUCAAACUAAAUAUAUAGAACCAGUGGAUCAACAACUUCGAAGAAGCAGUGCUCAAGUUCAAUCUCCAACAUUACCUAAUCUUCCAUCAACAGAGUCCAUAGCAACAUGUGUAAAUUUAACAACUGCUGCACCUCCACUAUCACCAGGACUAUCUGCAAUGGGUGAAAGUAAUCAAAAAACAGAUAAUACAUCUGAUAAGUCUUUAGAUUCCUGCAAAUUAACAAGAAAAGAAUCAUACAAGGCUCAGAGAAAGAAUUAUCGAAUGGAAAAGAAAAGAGUUGCAGAUGAACUUUUAAGUUCAUUUAAGGAUCCAACUGUCAUUGUAAUGAGCGACUGGCUUAAAGUCCGUGGAACAUUAAAAAGUUGGACAAAACUAUGGUGUAUUUUAAAACCUGGUUUGCUACUGCUAUACAAAAGUCCAAAAACAAAAAGUAAUCAUUGGGUGGGAACAGUUUUACUUAAUACAUGUCAAGUGAUAGAGCGACCAAGUAAAAAGGAUGGGUUUUGUUUUAAACUAUUUCAUCCUUUAGAGCAAUCAAUAUGGGCUCCAAGAGGUCCAGAAAAGGAAUCCAUUGGAGCUGUUGUACAACCUUUGCCAACUUCUUACUUGAUCUUUAGAGCCCCUUCACAGGCAGCUGGUAAAUGUUGGUUGGAUGCACUUGAAUUAUCUUUGCGUUGUUCCUCGUUAAUAGUGCGUUCAACAAGUGCAUUGCCACGCACUUUACCACAUGAUACUACAACAACUCAUGAAACUCAGUGGAGUGAAGCAGAUUACGAAAAACAUUUUGAUGAGCAUGACCUGGACGAUAUUAGCCAACCCGAAAAUGGAGUAGCAGCUGAUGCAGAAAUUAGUGCUUCGGACAGUGAAUCAGAAGGAUCAGCUAAGGAAGAUCAACCAGAAACCAUCAAUGAAACACCAUAUGUUGCAAAUGAACAAGAAGUUCUUGGAAUGGCUGGAGAAGUCGUCACAGAAUUGCAAGAAGAACAAAAGUCUCUAAUAUGGUUCUUAGUAAAACAAGUUCGACCAGGGAUGGAUCUAUCAAAGGUGGUCUUACCGACCUUUAUUCUAGAGCCUCGUUCAUUUUUAGAAAAAUUGGCUGAUUCUUAUUAUCAUGCAGACUUAUUGUCUCAAGCAGUGGUGGAAGAUGAUGCUUUUACACGAAUGAAGGGAGUAGUUAAAUGGUAUUUAUCUGGAUUUUAUAAAAAACCACAGGGUCUAAAAAAACCAUAUAAUCCCCUUUUGGGUGAAACAUUCCGUUGCUACUGGCAACAUCCUAAUGGUUCAAGAACGUUCUAUAUAGCUGAACAAUUAUCUCACCAUCCGCCUAUAUCAGGCUUCUACGUUACAAAUCGUCAAGAUGGAUUUACUAUUAGUGCUACAAUCAUUGCUAAAUCUAAAUUUUAUGGAAAUUCAACAUCAGCAGUUUUAGAUGGUGUUGCAAUAUUAACAAUGUUACCUAGAGGAGAAGAUUAUACAAUGACUAUACCAUAUGCUCAUUGUAAAGGUAUUCUUAUGGGAACAUUAUCUAUGGAAUUGGGUGGAAAAAUUCACAUAAAAUGCGAGAAAACGGGUUACCAUACUGAAUUAGAAUUUAAGCUUAAGCCAUUCCUCGGUGGUGCAGAGCAAAUGAAUCAAGUUGCCGGUGCAAUACGUCUUGGAAAAGAAACUCUUGCUACUAUAUCAGGAUAUUGGGAUGGUCAGAUAAUAAUUACUGACAAACGAACAGGACAAGAAAGUGUAUUCUUUAAUCCAACUCCGGAAGUGCGCAAGAAGAGGUUGAAAAAAUAUACUGUGCCGUUGGAAAAUCAAGGUCCAUGGGAAAGUGAAAAAUUAUGGUAUGAUGUCACACAAGCUAUUAACAAAGAUGAUCAAAUAGCUGCUACCGAAGCAAAAACUCAAUUAGAGGAAGCUCAAAGAGAGCGUGCUAAAGAACGAAAAAUCAAAGGACAAGAAUGGGUUCCUAAAUAUUUCGUUCAGGAUAUUAUAACGGGUAAUUGGGUGUAUCGACACGCAGAUGUUCGACCAUGGGAUCCCAGGAAUGAUGUUGUUCAGUAUGAACAAGAUUAUAUAGUUCGUACAAAAACUAGACAUAAAACGCCAAUUAUGCGUACUGGUAGUAUUGUUUCUGCUGAACCCCAAACACAGGUUCCGCUUCUACAAGCCGAAUCCCGUUCAUCACUAUCUGUAUUGAAAUCUUCCAAAAGACAAUUGUCCAGUAAUUUACCAUUGACAGAAACAGCGCACGAUUCAGGCAGUUCAUCUGCUGAAGCACACUCAGAUUCUAGUCAAUCAGUAGGCAAAAGAAAACGUUCUACUGCAAGGAUAAUGGAUGUUAUUAAAGAAGUAGAAAGACAAAUGAUGGAAUACGGGGAUAAACUGAAUCGCAUACAACAUAUACUAGAGCAGCUUGCUAUAAGACAAAGAGAACAAGCUGAUCAACAUCAUAGUAUAAGUAUGUUGAAAAGUUUCAUAGACACGAUUCUUGUUAUCGUGAUAGUUUUUUCUGUUCAAUAUUUUGUAAAAAUAUGGAACGAAGAACCUAACGGAGGUUGAAGAAUGCUAUAACGAGGUAGUAGUAUAAAUUGUACAUGUUAUUUAUCUCAUCUCAAUUUAAAUUAUCAGCUUUUAUGUAAAAAAGCUUUGAAAGAGCAAAUCCUAAAAUUUGAAGUACCUAAUUUAAACGCGCCUUCGGCGGAUGCAAUAAGGUAUCUUGUUUUAGUAGAACACCGCUGAAUAAUAGUAUAGGAAAGAAAGAUUUAGGGGUUCUAAGAAACAUCCUAAAUCACAGUGCAAUUUUGUUUCGUUUAUAGUUUAAAAAAAUUCAGUUGAUGCUUUGUAAAAUAAUAUGUUCCUUGAAUGAAUGUGUACGUUUAAAGAUUCGUUUUUUAGCAAUUUGUGUAAAAUUUAUAAUCCAUGUUAAACGGUCCUCGCAGCAGCAAUGAACUAUACAAAGUAAAGGAAUUGUAUUUACAAUUUCUUUGAGCUUAUGAUGUAUAUACUUUACAUGCUAAUGCACGAAAAAUAAUUACAUAUUUAUUCAAAGAUUCUAACAAUGUUGUAGUCCUUACUGCAGGCGCUCAAUAGUUAAGUGUAAUUAUAACAAUAAGGCUACUCUAAAGAUAUAACAUUUAUUGUUAUAAAAGUAACUAUAUUUCUUGGAUUAUGGCAAACAUAGAAAAAGCUAAUUGCAGUUCCCAUUUUCAGAAUCACUUGUACAGCGGUUACAAAGAAAUAGAUCAUAACUUAGAUCUAAUAUUAACCACUUAUAAGUGAAAAGAAUUCCUAAUAAGUAUCAGAUAUUAAGAUUAUUUAAUACUAAACAAAAAAAAAUUAUCAAAAAUUUUAGCAGAUCAAUCUAUCAGCUUAUUUUGUAUCAUUUAUAUCUUUAUAUUGAUUGCUAUAUGUAACAGUAAUUUUAUCAUUACUUAUUUAUAUUUAAAAAUAUCUGUAUUAAUAAUGUUCUCUA